CGUCACCAACUCAUGGCAGAGGGGAAAAAAGUUUUGUUUUUAUUUAAAAGUGUAAUCUAAAAACAUUUACAUAUUACUGCAAGUUUGAUUAGUAUAACUAAUUUCUUCUUGUGGAUAGACUAUUUUUUUAAGAUGAGGCUUAUGGCUCUCGUCUGUACCCUGUCGUCUGCUCUACUCCUGGUCCGUGCUGACGUGGAUGUCCCCAUCACCCAACACUGGAAUGGCGGGUUCCAGGGCGAGGCCUGCAUUGACAUCACGCAGGAGCUGCAUACGUGGACCAUGACCUUGACCUUCGACCAGCCCAUCAACAGUUUAAAUGCGUACCAAGCGGACGUAACAGAGAGCAAAGAUGGCGGUAAAGUUUACGUCCUGCACAACAAGGACUGGAAUAAAGAUGAGCAUGUUGGUGAUAAGCUGUGUGUGGGGUUUCAAGGGGCGGCUACAGGAGACAUCGUCCCAAAAGUUACAGCUAGUCUUCAGGGUGUGGUUGGAGGGGGCACGUCUCUUACAACGGAGGCCCCUGUCACAGGACAGACAGUAGCGCCCAAUGCCACAUUCACCCCAGGGGCCAGACUGAAAGUUGAAGGCACCCACUUCACCUACAACGGCCAGCGAAUUUUCCUGUCUGGGGGUAACCUCCCCUGGAUCAGCUACGCCUAUGAUUUUGGCGAGGGCCAAUGGCAGUACAGGAAAAAUCAAUUGGCGGACCAGCUGAAGAAACUACACGAGGCAGGGGGGAACUCCAUGAGGCUAUGGAUCCACAUUCAAGGGGAGACAACCCCGGCUUUUGACAGCAACGGUUUUGUCACGGGACUGGACACCAAGGGCACGUUCAUCAACGAUUUUAUUGAUCUGCUCAAUCUGGCCCAAAGCUACAACAUCCUGCUGACACCCACGCUCUGGAACGGUGCCGUGAAUCAGGACAACCACAACAGACUGGACGGACUGGUCAAAGACCCCGCCAAGCUCCAGUCGUACAUAGACAAGGCCUUGACCCCUUGGGCUCAGGCGGUCAAAGGUCAUCCGGCUCUGGGGUCAUGGGAUAUCAUGAACGAGUGUGAGGGAAUGCUCAACACUGACGUGAGUGACCCAGAUCCAUGUUUUGACGUGACUCCUCUUAAAAACAGUGGGGCGGGAUGGGCAGGCAAGAAAUAUUCCUACAGAGAAUUCUUACGGUUCUACAACUGGCAGGCGGCAGCAAUCAAGGCCGUUGACCCUGAGUAUCUAAUCAGUGUGGGCGUGUCCAACCCAAGAUUUAACACGGAUAGCUUCGGCAACGUUGACCACUACUCGGACAGUUGUCUGGUUAAAGCAGGCGGGAAACCCGAGGGUGUUAUGGACUUCUAUCAGUUCCAUUCCUACUCAUGGCAGGGCAAGUUUGACCAAUCCGCGGCCUUCGUGAACUCUGCAGGAGACUACGGCACCACCAAGCCCAUCGUGGUGGGGGAAUUCUGGGAGCAAGAUGGCGGCGGGAUGACCACUGUCCAGAUGUUCGACUGGGUCUACAACCACAGCUACGCCGGGGCCUGGAGCUGGGACCUGAUGGCCCACGGGGACAACCAGCGCCCGGCCAUCAUGCACAUCAGCAACUACACACACAACGGCCCCAUACCCAUCACUGUACAGUAGGGGCUACACGACCGAUGACAUUACAGAGGACAUGACGUCUCAGGGUAGGGUAGUUCAAUGACAUAUGACACAUCACGGUAAAUUUUGACAUUCAAGGGGACAGUAGUUUGAUGACAUCUCAAUGUAGAGUAGUUCAAUGACAUGACACAUCACAGUAAAUUAUGACAUUCAAGGGGACAGUAGUUUGAUGACAUAUCUCACAGUAGAGUAGUUCAAUGACAUAUGACACAUCACAGUAAAAAAUGACAUUCAAGGGGAUAGUAGUUUGAUGACAUAUCUCACCGUAGAGUAGUUCAAUGACAUAUGACACAUCACAGUAAAUUUUGACAUUCAAGAGCACAUUAGUUUGAUGACAUAUCUCACCCUACAGUAGUUCAAUGAUGGGUAACACCCCAGAGUACAAAAUGACAUAUGACACAUCACAGUAAAUUAUGACAUUCAAGGGGAUAGUAGUUUGAUGACAUAUCUCACUGUAUAGUAGUUCAAUGACAUAUGACACAUCACAGUAAAUUAUGACAUUCAAGGGGACAGUAGUUUGAUGAGUAGAGUAGUUCAAUGAAAGAUAACCCACGGUACAAAAUAACAGAAGAGUAUGGUGGCUUAAUGACAUGACAUCUAACAUUACAGUAGUUCAAUGACAUGGGACACACCACAGUACACUAUGACCUUAUUGAUGAGAUGACAUCUCCAGGGCUGUAGCUCAAUGACAGAUGACAUAUAGUACUAUCAUACAGCUUAACCGUGUACAAUUAUGCUAAAUUAGGGGUUACUAAAACUUUUAAAAUGCUGAAACUUACACAAAUGUUUGUUUAAAUUUCUUCAAAUUACACUAAACUGUUCAUAACCCCCAUCUUAAAUUUUAUUUAAAGAAAAAAACUGAAA